AUGAAGGAUAACAUCGUCAACCCGCCGGAGAAGGAUCCGAAUUUGAUCAUGACUGUAGCUGACCAAGGUCAGGGAGGUCUAGAGGAAAAAACCCGAUCAAAUUCGACCACUCAAUCGUCGAUUGCUCUAACAAAGGAUAACCCUGCCAUCACGACGCCCAAGCGCAGCAGGAAGCGAAACCCUUCAGAAACCGCCGAGGAUGGCGCAAUGAAAGGCCGCUCGCUCUUCCCAUCUGGAGUUCCCCAAGGUCAGGACGUCACGGUCAACACUCGCCCAAAUCCGACCACUCCUUUGUCGAUUGAGUUACCCACAAAAUUCCUCUGUAUCCCAGGAAAAAUCCUUGCAUCUUGUUUGUACUUCCCCACCAACAGUGGGAGCGCCGAUUUGUCCCCUGACAUGAUCGACUAG